UGCAAAAUCAUUUCCCAGAGCACAGGUACACAACUUUCAAAUACCAAAUCAAACUAGUGUCCGAAAACACCAGUUUUUCAGUCCCACCACCUGCAAUCAAAUGCCCACAACUGGAAAUUUGACAAAACAAAUGAAAAACAUGUGGUUGUAAUCCUCCAUUGUCGUCUUCUCGAAUUCCCUGCUCCUUUGGAACAUCUUCACGACUGUUCUUCCUUUCUCAUACUUGCACGCAAACUCCUCUUUCUAUCUCUUUCUCCAUAAUUCUCAACUCAAUCUCCAAUUCUCCAUUUUCAUUAAAUCUUACACAAACUUCAUCGUCCAUUACAGCUAAAACAACCCCAACAAUGGCGUUUUCUCUCUCUACCACAACACCCACUCCAACUCCAACUUCUCUCACUAAAUUCUCACCUCUUCCCUUUCUCUCUCCUCACCAUCGUAAAACCCAGAUCAUUUCUUCUUCUAGAAGGUUCUCCAAUUUUCCAGUAAUACGUGUUACUGCUCCUUCAAUCAGCCCUCCUGAAGAAAAGCAAGGAGAAGAAGAAGUGCCCAUUGAUUCAAACGACAUCAUUUCACCUGGAACUGAAGAAACAGAGCAAUCCUCGAAAUUUACAUGGCGAGAUCAUUGGUACCCUGUCUCUCUUAUUGAAGAUCUCGAUUCUCGUGUUCCUACCCCUUUUCAGCUACUUGGACGCGACAUCGUUUUGUGGUUUGAUAAGUUGAAUAAUCAAUGGGUUGCUUUCGAUGACAAAUGCCCACAUCGUCUUGCUCCUCUAUCUGAAGGGAGGAUAGAUGAAAAUGGAGAUUUGCAAUGCUCGUAUCAUGGUUGGUCUUUUAAUGGGUGUGGGUCGUGUACUCGGAUCCCCCAAGCCCGAUCGGAGGGACCGGAAGCUCGGGCCGAGAAGUCACCUAGAGCCUGUGCCACAAGGUUUCCUACUAUGGUGUCUCAAGGCUUGCUCUUUGUUUGGCCUGAUGAGAAUGGAUGGGAGAGAGCUAGUAUAACUCAACCUCCUAGGUUGCCAGAUGACUUUGAUAAGCCUGAAUUUGCCACAGUAUCGAUCCAACGUGAUUUGUUUUACGGCUAUGAUACUUUGAUGGAGAAUGUCUCGGAUCCCUCUCACAUAGACUUUGCUCAUCACAAGGUUACAGGAAGGAGGGACAGGGCCAAGCCUUUGCCAUUCAAGGUUGAAUCCAGUGGUCCUUGGGGCUUUGCUGGAGCCAAUGAUGACAACCCAAAAAUAAGUGCUGAAUUUAUUGCACCUUGUUACUAUAUGAAUAAGAUAGAGAUAGAUGCAAAGCUUCCUAUUGUAGGUGACCAGAAGUGGACAAUAUGGAUAUGUUCCUUUAACAUACCAAUGGCACCUGGCAAGACACGUUCAAUUGUUUGCAGUGCUCGUAACUUUUUCCAGUUGACAGUGCCGGGUCCUUCUUGGUGGCAGGUGGUUCCAAGAUGGCAUGAACAUUGGACUUCAAACAAAGUGUAUGAUGGAGAUAUGAUUGUGCUUCAGGGUCAAGAAAAAUAUUUUCAUUCUAAAACAACAGAUGAUUCUGAAGAUAUUAAUGCACAAUACACAAAAAUUACUUUCACACCAACACAAUCAGAUCGGUUUGUUUUGGCGUUUCGUAACUGGCUGAGACGGCAUGGUGAUGGGCAACCUGAAUGGUUUGGUGAUGUAAAGCAACAGCCUUUACCGUCAACAGUUUUGUCCAAACGUCAGAUGCUGGAUAGAUUUGAGCAGCACACCCUGAAAUGUUCGUCAUGUAAAGGAGCCUACGAGGGUUUUCAGAUGUGGCAGAAAUUACUGAUAGGUGCAACAGUCAUUUUUGCUGCUACAGCCGGCAUUCCAUCAGCAUUGCGUUUACGGUUAAUUUUAAGUGGGCUUUCGAUUGUUAGUGCUGCAGUUGCUUAUGUAUUGUAUGACCUUCAGAAGAACUUUGUGUUUGUUGAUUAUGUACACGCUGACAUUGAAUAGUACUGUGAAACCAGGAGAGAGUCACAUAUGUGUAUAGCCAAAAAGUCACAGUUAGGUUUAUCAAACUAUUCUUUGACAUAGUUUACAGUAUGUCAGAUAAUUUUGCCAUUGUCAGACUGUUAAAUUUGCUUGAGAGGUAGGAGUCUCAAAAUUUUGUGCUGAA